AUGUGUGUUGGCGAGAACUGCGCUCCUCAGGCAGUGCAUUACAUGAAUGCACAGUUGACCUCCCUCUACGAAAAUGCGGUCGAAUGUAUCAAGCACCACAACUACGCAAACAAGCCCGCUGAGGAGUACAAGUACUCACAUGCUCUCGCUGAGUACGCGUUCGUCGACCCCAACACCAAGGGACGCCAGACGCUAUUCCAAGCCAACUUCGACAAACCGCUCUUGGAGUUCAUCUGCAACCACGACGCCAUCUUGCGUCUCAAGAUCUCUAAAGGCUAUUACCGCCUUGAUUAUACCAGAUCGUCAUCAAUGACGUACUCGGAGAAGGAUCGCAUGCAGUCCCUUUCAGCAUUAGAAGUUUCAUUCCGCGUCCCCUUCGACACUCGCUGUCUCAAAGGCAAGGAUACGAAAAUCGGAAACGGUCAAAAUCUCAUUGAACUCAUCGUGCUCAACCUGCAGAAGGCCGAACUUAUCUCCGCCAACCCUGCCGUGAUCGUCGGUCGCGAUGCUCUCGUGUUCUACCUCUCGCAGUAUCUUUCAUUCCUACAGCAGGCGCGCUACCACGUCCUCUUCUCGCUGCCAGACUUCGACGACGAUAGGUACAAGUUGACCAUCGACUACUCGCUCAUGGGCUCACAAGUGCUCGAUAUUGACGAGAUCUGCGGCGUCAGCAUUGACAAGAUCAACACGUAUCUUUCGUCGGUCUGGUUGAAAGCUGCGAUGCUUGUCGGUGCUGAAGGCGGCGCUGCUGACUGGAAGGACACGUGUCUCGCCGAGGUCCGCAGCCACUGGACUAUGCACGCGGAUUCGGAGGUUCACUUCCAUGUCAGGCUUGGCGCGCCCCAUGUCAAAGCGAUUUGCUCCCGUGAGGCCGUCGUCUACUUCAGAAUUGACGAGGUCUUCUUCUACGACGGCGUUAACUUCGAGGUCGCUCCUCGUCAACAAUACUCUGACUGGGAAAUUGCUGUCUUGGUCGAUGUGAUCGAUGAGUUCGACGGGUACGUUACCCGCUGCAAGCUAGACCUCUCCACCGCUCGUCCGUACCACCAGUGGUGCACGUUCACCGGCAUCGACAGAAACGACGAGCUCGCGUUAAAUUUCUGUACCCGCCUGGUCGAGUUCUUCACCUCCAGCUAUCUUGAUGUCCUCGAGAGCGUCGACUUUCACGUCAUCUAUCACCACGAUACCCGCUGGGUCACUACCCACAGCCACCGCUUCUUCGAGGACUCGUCGGAAUCUGAGGAGGAGGUCGAGGAGUGGACCGUUACAGAGGACACAAAGAGCGCGAGAAUCAUCGAGUGGAAGGAGAUGGUGACGCGCUCCGAGAUGUACGGGUUCGACCAGAUCGUUGCGAUCUCCCAAUCCUCGGUCAACGCCAACUUUGUCGCGCUGUGGGAUCUGGCCCAGAUCACCAAGAGCGAGGAGCAUACUUCCGCGCUGGCGAAGUGGUCACAUGAGAGCUACUUCUCGGCUACUUUCCGGCCAUUGACUUUACGUCUUUUGAGUAACGGCCGAGCUAUUGUUUGGGUCGACAUGCAGGAGGGCGACCUGAAGAUUCUGAAGAACUGGAUGCCUUGGAAAGAGAGCGAGACCUACCAUUUCGAUGGGUGGCGUCUCGCCUUCGAGGUUGACCUCAAGAAGUGCACUCAUGCAGAGCUAGAUGUCCACGAGACGUGGCAUUCGAGAUUCAAAGAAACCCACGUCUACAAGGCACACGGCAAGCACACCGACCGCCACCUCGAGCAUCUCUAUCUCAACUUACGCAACGCGGAGUUCUUGCACGAGUUCUCCACGUUCGAGGGCCUCUUCCACUCGCAUGACCAUCACCCGAUUGACAAGGUCCAGGCAGUUGUACACUACAUCGGCUGCUACUACUUCCCCUACUUGGCGCACGGCGGCCUCAACAUCCUGCAUACCGUUCCCGUCUGGGAGCAUGGCCUCGACAUCUCGUCCUUUGCGUUGACGAGCGUGUCGUUCCACGUCUACUCGAAGGAGGUCAUCCACCGCCACAACUGGGCUCAGCACUCACACGUCACCGAACCGAUCAUCGUCGUCCUCGGGAUGACCAAGGGCCGCCCGCUGCCGCAGGAGCGCCUCGACUUCUCCACCAAUUGGGUCGUCCGCGUCUCGAAGGGCGCCUCCUACGGCACGGUGUGCCUCUCGCGCAAGGCAUUCAUGGAGGAGCGUCUCCUCCAGCUCCUCACCAAUGUCAAUGCUCUGACCACGAUCAUCCCUGUGUUUACUGGAGUGGAAGAGGGAGUCUGGAAGCUAGACCUCACGACCUGGGCACUGCACACGUACAAGAAGAAGCAGGUGUGCAAGUGGCAGCUCGAUUCGGAGGCGGAUGAAUACAUGCGGUACACAUGGCAGUUCCGCGACGGCUGGAAAUACGAGCAUGAAGGCGGCGAGGUGCCCAACGGCACAUACGCAGUUUCCUGCUCCACGCGCAACUUCGUCGAGCUACCCGCGGCUGCCAGGGGCAGGUCGAUGGAUAUCAGGAUCUGGGGUGAGGUUGAACUCAAGAUGUCGUUCAGUUCUGGUGCGAAGCACGGAAGCGCCAAGUCCAGCGCGAGGUGGGAUGCCCUGCUCUGUAUGCAUACCGAUGUCGACGGCAUUAAGGUCAAGCUCGCCGGGUCUCUCAAGCCUACCAUCGAGUCGACGCAGUACGAAGGCGGCUCCGCCUCGGAGAUGUUCACCGAUCUGCAGACGAACCUGUGCGCAAACCUGCCGAACGCUGUCGAUCUUAAGGCGGUCGUCGAUGAGCUCAAGAUGUUCGAAGGCAUUUGGCAGUACGGCUACCAGGGCGCGCAGGCGUAUUACCUCGCGAGCCCGGUCUUCUCCACGAAGGGCGAUGUCAUCUUCGAGCUGCGCCCACAUGGUCAGCAGGUCGGGAGAACUUCUGGUGUGCAGGGAAGCCUGGGAAGGACGGGACGCCCGGCCGUGGACCGGCCAUCAUUCCUUCAGAAGGUCAAGGAAGUAGUACAGACCGCACUGAGCAGCGAGGAUGAAACAUACACUAACGGUCAUGCCAACGGCCACGCAAAUGGAAGCGGGACCUACAUGGCGACGACUAUGACGUACGACAUGCACGUGGAGAAGGGCGAGGAGGGCGACGUGGAGGACUUUCAGGACCCCAUGGCUUUUCGGAUGCCUGAAAGUGAAGUGGUGGCAUGA